GAAAAAAAAAAAAAGAAAAAAAGGACAGAGAGCCAGGGAGAGUUGCUCGCAGGAUUUCUGGGUGUUCAAUGCUUGCCUGUGUAUAUACUUUGCUAGAUCUCCAAAUAUGAAGCACAAUAUGGACAUGAUAAACUAAAGCCAAUCCCACCGAGAACACGCCAAGCCGAUGAGAUGGACAAGAUCCUCGAGAGCUUCAGGAAGCUUCGAGAAGGCCUCUUUGCCACCGAGACCAGAGAUAUCUUUGCUGUCCAAGUCUACGAACAAUCAAUCCUAUGCAGUCUCUACGCUGGGAAUAUACCCGAGUUGACCAAAGCCCUCCAACACCUCGUGCACGACCUCCACCCUCAAGUCUACAAAAUCACUCCCCGUGCGGACCCAUCGCUCCUCCCAGAAAUACCCCUUGAGCGCCAGCGGUUUCUAGCCCUGUACAUUCUACACCAAGUUGCCAAACCAAUCCGCAAGCGCGUCACGUCGACCUCAUCCUCUAUCGGAACUCUUAAUCUGCUCUCCCAGACGAUUGCUCAUCCGAAAACGGAGACCGAUCAGCUAAUAGCGUCGCUUUUGCAAGUAUACGAGCAACUUCGACAGCAAAGACCGUCCGAGUAUGCACUCGAGUCGGAGGUGGUGUUCGCACUCGCAUACUGGAAGAGUCUUCGAGAUGGUAAUUGGAUCCUGCGCGAACGGUUGUUGAGCGCAGUCGGCGGUCCGUCAGUCUGUUUACCAGCAUUGCUUCAGAACACGAUCCCGAUCUCGUGGGAGCAGCGGCUUAUGAUCCAACGCUCAAUGGGGGACUCCCUAGGUUCGGCAAGGUCUAUGAGUGUGGGGAUGAUGAGCAAGGCGUACUAUUCUUUACCAGUAUCUGUGAUGGCCCAUGCGGUCGGGCUAACAGAGUCGCAGGAAGAAUACACUCAGACAACUCCGGUGGACGCUGUGACAAGUGAACAGUGGGUCAAGGAACUACAGGCGUCGUAUGGGCUUGCACCUUCGAUCAUUGUACGUAGCGGAAGCCUUAUGUUCAAGGCAAAGUCAUAAUGUAGCGAGUAACGGAAAUAACCUGAAUAUACGAAUAUAUUUAUAUGCGCUGAAGAUGUCUG